AUGGUCUCCGUUAGAUCAUCACCAUACAGCUCGAGUACAACUGGCCCUUCGAAGAGGGCCGUGGAGUCCCCGGCGGCCAGGAUCAAACGCAGUCGUCCAGAACGUAUACCGAGCGACAGACGACGAACCAAGAGAGCUCGCAGCGCAGCAUCGGACCUGUUGUCGGUUCUAGACUCUCAUCCGAGUACAGUGACGAGUGAACCGGAGAGCGACGACGAUUCCAGCACGGGUCUCAGGUCGCAGCUACCCUUCGCGAAUCACGCUGGGAAAAGGAGCACCGGACCUGGAAAAGUACUCAAUGCUAUUCAGAUUGGCAUCGAUCCUGGGACAACGACGCUCGCGCUUGCCCAUCGAGAUGUUACCACAGUUGCGGGUAAAGAGGUCUUGGGUCCCAUUCAUGACCUCUAUUUCGGGUCCGAGUCAUUCACCACCCAGGCUGUCGCAUUUGCUGCCGACGGAGAGUUCUACUGGGGGCCGCAUGUCCAAGCAGCUCUGAACAACGGGAUCAUCCAGCAGAAAGACGUGGUCGAGCUCUGGAAGCUGGCUCUCUACGACGGGCACACUCCACAAUCGAAGGCCAAGGAGAGUGUCAUUGUCGAUAAACAGCUCGGAAAUGAUUAUAACUUGGACGAUCUUCUUGCAGCGUAUCUAAGAAGUGUGAUCGGAUACGCCACGGAGAAGAUUGCAGUAGCGAAGACCUACUCUUCCAUGUCGAAAGACGAGAUCGGUCGCGUGCCAGUGCACCUCUUCAUCGGUGUUCCUCAGAUGUGGGACAGCGUGGUCAAUAAGAUGUUGACCGAUGCUGCUCGCGCUGCCGGGUGCGCUAGUGUUGACACCGUCCAUGAAUCCCGGUGUGCGACCGCGUUCUACACCCACGGCCUCAGAAGCUUGGCGUCGGCUUCGUUCCAGAUCGGAGACAUCGUUCUUGUGGCGGACAUUGGAGGCGGUACGGGGGACUUUGUGACCUUUAGACUCGGCGACGAUCCUGAAGAUGGAGCUCAAGUCAAGCUGUUCCAAGUCGGGACACCUGAUGGCAAGUCAACUUUGCGGUCGAGGUCCUUUGUCAAUCAACCAAGCUGA